GAAGGGUCUUGUCUAUAAGAUAUACAUUAACAUAGGACAAGCAGCACAUACAUAAGAGGGGUGCGUUUGUUCUGUUUGGGGGGAUUCUAAGAACAACCUGUGUUGCUCUCUUGUACUCCUCUCAUCUUCAGAUCCAUCAGUACAAGGUGGAUGUUACAGAAUUGUUUAUGCAAAAGAGGAACUUCAAUCUUACAGUGCCAGUCUUAUGAGGCAAGGAACAGAGGCAGUUAGGUUCUACUAAAAGCGUUCAGUUGACAAUGUUGAUACGGAGUUCUCUUUCUAGCUCUACUGAAGCUGCUCUCUCUUUAACUUCUGACCAUGGUGAACAAGAGCUUAUACGUGACUGGACUGCUGGUGCUGGUAGUUUGCAGGAAAGUCCAGGAUGUAAACAUACUAGAGGUGGCCUUAAAAGAUCCGUCCAAGAUAUGGAGAGAGAAGAAAACUGCACAGGCUUUAUAAAUUAUUUAAGUAGUUCGUCACAACAUUCGACUGUGGGUACAAUGUCUGAGACUUCAUUAAUUACUUUUGUGUACAAGCGAAGGAAAUUGAGAGACGGCUCUUCUUAUUACUUUCCUGACCAAUCAUCAGAGAAAGAAAAGCCAGGCCGGAGUUUUUUUGCUGAAAUUAGUUGCGAAGUCCCUUCAGUGUCUGGCAUUGAACAUAAAACCUCUAUGCUGGAGGAAGAAACUGAAGCGGACAGAGCUCCUGUUGUGCUUUCUAUGGAAUGCAGUAGGGAGCCCCUUUUAUCAAAGUCAACAGCAGAAGGUCAGUGUUCUCAGGCUGAAGAACUGGGUUCUAUAGAAAACCCAAAGUCUGACAAGCUCAAAAAUGUUGAGGCCUGCCAUGUGAAUGACCGUUGUUCGUCAUCACAAUUAAAGACGGAUCUAUGUGCAACUAUGUCGGAACCAAAAGUGGCUGACACUGGCGAGUGCUCCUCAUCUGAUGCAUUGGUUAUGGACGGCUUACAAGAUACUAUAUCCGAAAAGGAUGUAAUUGCCUCUAUGUGUAAAGUUCUUGGUAUAGACAAGGCAGUUUGGCCUAAUAAAAGUCGUGCUUCUUCUAAAGGUCUUGAUAUCAAUAGUACCUGUAUUUGUUCAUUGUCAUGCAAAGUUUGUGAUCAGUCGGAAAUGACACUUAAGAUGGUAAUCUGUGAUCAGUGUGAAGAGGCAUCUCAUCUCUCUUGCUGCAACCCGCCUAUAAAAAAGAUUCCCCGUAAUCAAUGGUUUUGUCAUUCUUGUUUGAAGAAGCGCUAUAAGGCAUUGAAAGAGAUUUCCAGAGAAUCACAUAAAAGAAAGACUGACAUGAGCCGAUACAGAAAUGGAACUUCGAGAAGUGCAUUAGGUCCGAUAGCACGUAUGCUGAAAGAUAAUGAACCUUACACCACCAGUGUUCGUGUUGGCCCAGAAUUUCAAGCAGAGGUUCCUGAUUGCUGUGGUCCAGUUGCCAAGGAGAUCGACAAUAUUGGUAAUAUUAGCCAACAGUUGGAAAAUUAUCCUUCAGUAGGUGGUAGCUCUCAAGAAGGAAAUUUAGGAAAGAAUAGACAUAUUUCAAUUUGUAAUUGGCUGCAAUGCCGCCAAGUCAAGGAUGGAGAAGAUGUUGCUGGAACUGUAUGCGGAAAGUGGCGCAGAGCUCCGCUUUUUGAACCUCAAACUGAUAACUGGGAGUGUUUUGACUCUUUCCUUUGGGAUCCAACCCAUGCUGAUUGUGCUGUUCCCCAGGAACUGGAUACAGAACAAGUUAUGAAGGAUUUGAAGUAUAUAGAGAUGUUGAGGCCACGACUGGCAGCUAAAAAGCACAAAGUUGAUCGGACCAAGAGUUCUAAUCGCAGGGGUCCAAUGAAGGGUGUGAGACAUGCGGGUGCAUUAUAAUCCAUUAAUCCUCAUCAGUGUUUACACAUUUGAACAUACAUGCAAGGUCAAUUUGUUCAGCCAGUCUCCAUCAAAUCUCGUCUAUAUAUCAGGGAAAUGUUUUUGAAAUGUUUGAUCUGAGUUGUGUAUUUUUUGUGUAUCGCUUAGUACUGGGAAAUGUGUGGAGUAAUUCAUCCAACAACAGUUUUAGCAUUUCUCAGUUAGCGAUACAGCAUCCGCUUUGGCCAGUGCGACCACUGUAUGGAAUUCACCAUUUAGCCAUUAGCGUUUGAUUGCACUCAAAGAACAAUAGCUGGUAUUUAGUUUGUAUACGUUGGGCGGCCUGUGGAUAUACAAGUAUCCAUCCAUAGACCUGAGUGGAUAUCAUUUGUCUGCAAGUUGAACAAAAAGUUGGUUUUUAGUAGAGUAUGAGACCUCACAGCAGAAAAUUAUGCACUUGCUGAGGGAAAUAGAGCUAGUUUCUCCCUCUGUAAACUUCAAUAAUUUCUGUGAUUGUGAUACAAAGUAAUGUUAUACCUUACAUUAAGUUUUGAAAUUGGGAUGCAAAAUAUUAUUAUACCAUGAAA